AUGUACAAGUCACUCACUAUUCAACUCCUGUUAUCCUCAGCGAUGCUCGUGACUGCAUUGCAGCCUCGCUUUGAGUAUCCCGAGGAGGUCCCUGCUCUUGAAAGGCGCCAAGAGCCAGGCACACCCCGCUACCAGUGCCAUGAGGAUUGCGGCCUUCUCAUAACCCUUGGCCGUCAAGAUGGUUACUGUAAGAACUCCGAGUGGAACGAGCGUUACGGGCGCUGCAUGAUUUGUGCCAACACUUUUGGUAUCUGGGAGUACUAUGGAAAUAGUGUUACUAAAGCUGCUAAGGGCUGUGGCCUCUCCCCUACCCCUAGCCCCUCUGGCACGACGGCUUCUAGUAUGAGCGCUGGAGAGCUAUCGACUACUGCUGCCGGACAGACUUCGACUUCCAACGCCCUGGGACAGACCUCAGCCAUCAAGACUGGCUCAGCUGCUCAAACUACUGGACAGAUCAGUAAUGCCAGUACUCUGUCAACCGUUUCGACUCGUGCUAGCACUCCUGGUGUAUCCUCCGGGUCUUCUUCAAUUCCAGUCACGACCCCUCGCCCUAGCGGAAGCUCUACUGCUACGCCGUCAUACCCCGGGCAGAGUGCUGCUGCAGACCAUGUCCACUUUGCCACACCCCUUAUGGCCGCUGUCGUGAUUGCCCUGGCUGGCCUUUACUAG